AUGCCUGGCACUUGUGAGCGUCACGAAAAGAGGCCUGAGGAUGAAGCAGAUGCACCCCAGCCAUUCAAGCCAAGCGACAAGCGCAGUGAUGUGCAGGAGACGGAAUCGAUCCUCAUUCAUGUGAAAAAAGUAGCGCUCCUGGUUGAUAAACCACAUGGAGGGGAGAAAGAACAAUUAUUUGACCAAAUGAAGACGGUGCAAGGCCGCGCGAUGAAACUGGAGUGCGCACAGCUAAAGGCGCGUAAUAACCCAAAAAGAUUUAAGCAAGAGUUGAAUGAAGAACUUGUAUCCGUCCCGACCGAUGCUUCACCACAAGAUCUCGCUUCGCACAGUGAACAGAAUGAUCAUCAAUGCGGUGAGCACUCCGGAAACCGAGACCAUCAUCGGCUCGGGGCUACAGCUCGGCUACUAGGGAGUGGAGGCCAGGACCUCCUAACUACUUACCAUGGUGCAUUGCAACAAUGGUUUCAAGUCGCCUAUCUCAGCGAGUUGUAUGAGAGACUGAGUCGUAAGGGGCAUAGUGGCAGAAAGACAAAGGCCAUUGUAGCAAACGUGAUGAACAUAGCUCUCCAUUCGCGAGCCGGUGACAGCUCUAGGAAGUUUUCGCUUGAGGAUCAGGGCACAGGGGUGGACAGCUGCACCUCCGAUGAGUGCCAGUAUUAG